CAUCAGUCGUUGUUUCGGCCUUCCCACAGCUACACUUCAAUCCUUCCAUCUCCACCAUGGCAAAGUUCCAGCUUAUCCUCAUGGCUGCAGCCCUUAGCUUGUUGGCCGUUUCCCAAGCCCAGCAGCAGCGCUAUUCGCAGCGCCUGAGCCGCGGACGCUCGAGGUACUCCGCUCGCCAGGAGCUGGCUCCCGUCGACGCAGCUGAUCCGGAUGCCGUCACACCCUAUCCCUCGGCGGAUGAGCUAAAGCCGGAAGUGCCCUUCGACGAGGCUGCUGCUCCCUCGGCCGCCGAGCCCACGCCGGAUGCCGUCUACGGACCGCCCGAUGCUGCGCCUAACAGCGUUCCCGACGAGGUGUACGGCCCACCGGACGUGACCGGAAACGAUCUGCCCGCUGCCGCUGACAUUCCGGCGGAGCAGCAGGCCCGUUUGGUAGCUGGCAGGAGGCCGGCCAACUAUCGGAGAGUGGCCAAGCCUGUGGCCUAUCGUCGUCCGCUUUCCGCCGCAGCUCGUCCGGCCAAAUUGAGUGCUGCCCGGUCCACCUUGCGACGCUUUUAAGGGGAUAUUCCAGCAGCCAACUCAAAACAAAAACCAAUGACGAUCAAAACAGCCACGAUGACGACAAAAACACACACAGGAACACUUUUUACCGGAUCCCACACUCAUACACACGAAACACACAUCCGAUUAUAAUAUAAUGCAAAUAAAUCUGAUUGAGAUAGAA